AAUUUAUCAACCAAUGAAUGUUGUCCAUGUGCAACCGGUAGCUAGCUAGGUCAAAUGGACUGUCUCUUUAUCGAAAGAAUAAUAACAAUAUUGGACAGUGGUACAACAAUGUAGUUAGCCAUUGGGAAUAGCCAGUUACAGACGAGAUUUAAACUUAACUCACGUUACCUUGCUACAGCAUUUGCACAAGACAUUGUGCCAAGCGUGUGUCCCUGCUCCUGUGACACAUCUGGCCAACAUGUCCAUGUUCAGCACGGGCAUCCUGGUGCUCACCUCUCCCCUCCACACCCUCCCCCUGCGCAUUGCCCCCGUACUCAGCUCAGCUGCCCAGGUGGUGGAGCGCACCCUCUACGUCCAUCUCCAUCCAGGCCUGAACCUGGGUACAGGCGGGGGCCAGCCCAGGCCCGUCUUCAUCCCGCCCGUGGUGGAUCUGUCCAGCCUUAUCACCGGGCUCUACAGCAAUGCUGCCAAUGUGUGCGGCCACCUGGACGUACGAGUGCUCCUCACCAACGUCCGCGCCCAGCCCAACAACGCCUCCAGCCCAGAGACGGGUGGGACAGGGGUAGCAUGUAACCCCUUCCCUUCCCCACAGCCCCUCUCCCACUCCCCCGAGGUGGUGCUAACAGACUUCGCCCUGCAGGACCCAGGCCAGUCCCCACUGGUGGCCCAGUGUCUGCAGAGGUACACGGGCCGCUGUUACGUCUGCACUCCCGGCUUGGCCUCGGUGCUGCUCCACCCGCAGCUGCAGAAGCUGGAGGAAGAGGUAGAGAAGGAGGGCCAAAAGGACGACUGGGAUAGUAGCUCGGAGCGCAUGGAGACUUACAGUGAGGUGGUGGUAGGUGGAACGUUUGACCGCCUCCACGGGGCGCACAAGACGCUGCUGAACAUCUCUUGCCUCUUGGCGAACAAGCGGUUCCUUAUCGGGGUGUGUGACCAAGAACUUCUAAAAAAGAAGGUGCUAAAGGAGCUAAUCGAGCCAUAUGCCCUGCGGGUGCAGCGGCUCCAAGAGUUCCUGCAGGACGUCAAGCCCUCGCUGCAGUACGAGAUCGUGCCCCUUUCGGACCCCUUUGGACCCUCCGUUAUUGAUGCCCAGCUGCAAUGCAUUGUGGUCAGCGAGGAGACCCGCAGGGGAGGCGAGGCUGUGAACAAGAAGCGCCUCGAAAACGGUCUUCCAGGACUGGUGCUGCACGAGAUCCAGCUGCUGAAGGAUGCCCACCACACUGAGAUGGAGGAGGAAAAGAUCAGCUCCUCCAGCCUCCGCUCACGCCUCCUGGGAACCCUCCUCACAGACCCGAAACAGGACAAGUCCCAUCUCCCCCUGGUGCCCUACGUGAUUGGCCUGACCGGGGGCAGUGGCAGCGGGAAGAGCUCCAUUGCCCGGCAGUUGGAGGCCCUGGGUGCGGUCCGCAUCAACAGCGACCAGCUGGGCCAUGAGACCUACCGGCCGGGGGAGGUUGCCUACAACAGGGUGCUGGAGGAGUUUGGAUCAGAUCUUAUUAAUGAGGACAAAACUAUCAACAGACGCGCACUAGGCAGGAAGGUUUUUGGAAACAAGGAGAGGUUGAAAGCCCUCACCGACAUUGUGUGGCCGGAGAUAGCUCUACUCGUCAAGGAAAGGAUCCAACAGGCCAGAGAGGAAGGUAAACAGGUGUGUGUGGUGGACGCGGCUGUGCUGCUGGAGGCCGGCUGGACGGACAUCGUGCACGAGGUCUGGGUCACCGUCAUUCCUGAGGAAGAGGCGGUGUCUCGUAUCAUGGCGAGGGACGGCGUCAGCCAAGAGGACGCUGUGCGGCGGCUGCAGAGCCAGUGGCCCAACACGCAGCAGGUGGAGCAGGCCAACGUGGUGCUCUGCACUCUGUGGGAGCCCGAGAUCACCCAGAAACAGGUACGGAAGGCCUGGGAUCUUCUUCAGAAGCGGAUCCAACAGAGUCGGGAAGGAGCCAAGCCACCGUCCUGAGUCAGACCUCCACGCGUGCACACACACACACACACACACACACCACAACAACAACAGUGAACUGCACACAUACCAACUGUAAGCCCUGCAAGGGACGAGGGUGGCUCCAAAACUGCCAGGGUGCAAUCAUGUUGGGGACGCAUCUGCCUUAAAAAGAGCGCCACAGCGGUUGCUUUGGUGUGCCUGCAAAAGAAGCUGGAGCCAUACUUGUGAACAUUAGAAACAGUUUAAAUUUAAACAGUUUCUCCGUCUCAAUGCGCAUCAGCCAAUUAAAAUGAUUAGAACGUUACAUUGUAGCUGGUCCCAUCAGAUAACCUGGCACACGUUAGCCCUAUGCUAACCUCACCAGAUGACAGUGAUUAUUUCCUGGAACAAAAUCACUCAUCAGCCUAUCAAAGAUCUUUAGACUUUAUUUCCACCAACCAAUAGACAUGUUGGUUGUUUAGCAACAAAACUGACAAGUACGCAAUUAUGGGGCAAAGCAGACAGGGUUGGCUUAGAUUGUUGACAACAUGUAAACUAAUUUUGUCUCCAAUAUUUAUUGAAGACAUUAAUACAUUUGCACAACGUUGAUCCAUAUUAGCAUAGAUUUGACAUCAGUCAACACCUCAAAACAAGACAUUGUAUCAAGAACAAGAUAAAACUAGCUGAAACAAGCCACCUACAAUUCCCCACAUGGCAGCUUCUUGUCAUUGUUGCUAGAUAUCUGGCCAUCCAGAAUCACAACACCACUGACUUCUGCCCCAUUGAAGUGUGUGCAUUGUUUUCGUGACGUUGGAAGAUAGCCCAUCUUUGGCAUAUCUUAAAAUAGGUCAACCCCGUCACUAAAGGGAUAUUUUAAACCUACAAAUUUAAGGUUUACUUUUGUUCCCAUUGGUCUGUAACAAGUUGUGUGCCAAUAUUGCAGUGAUGCAUCCUUGACUAGGCUACUAGUACUAACGUUAGACAAAAUGUUCACGGUUUCACAUAUGACAAAAUCCCCAAUUUUACCUGUCCAUUUCACACACAUUCAUGUGCUUUCACAGCAGUAAAGAUGUAGGAGGAUUAUACAACAUGUAUGUUUAUAUUCAUAUAUCGUAAAAAAAUUAAAAAAUUAAAGACGGGGAAAAAAAAGGAAAGACGCUAUGACUAAUUGGUGGUGUGAUCCUCUAAGACUGUAAGCCCAGAGACUGCAAGGUAUGGCCAUGAGUUCGAAUCCCACUCAGGGCAAGGUUUUUAUUUAAGGAAAAAAACGAUCCACUGUUGGUUCUCUAGUCAAAUAAUGCAUAUGUGACAAAGUAGAUGAUUUAUAAAAAUGAAUAUAAAAUAUAAUCAUUAGGUUAGCUUUUCAAACUGCGUGCCACACAGUGUAGGCUACCUGUGAUUUUAUUAUCUGCUAACUUUUUUUUAAAUUUCGCUGUGUAAAUUCACUGGAUAUAUUCACUGCGGUAUUAAGCCUAGCAUUGAGCUAAUGAAUUAUGGCCUAAUAUGCAUACACUUAUAACUUAGGUUACACAUUUCGAGCCUGUCUGUGUUCAUGGUUUUGUUGCGCAAUUACGCACCUGGCAUCUUCGCUGCCUCGGCUAUUCGUCUUAAAUCGCGUGGAUUUCCAGGUAAAGCCAAAUUACAAUUGUUUGUUGGACACUUAUUUCAACUUAUAGUAUUUAACAAUAGCCUAUUGGAGGAGAGAUGCGCUCUUGCUUGCUGAAAUAAAAUAUAUAUAUAUAUUUUAUUUCAGCAAGCAAGAGCGCAUCUCUCCUCCAAUAUAUAUAUAUAUAUAUAUAUAAAGAAAAUGUAUGCACUCACUACUUUAAGUCGCUCUGCUAAAAUGUAAAUGUAAAAUAGGCUACAGCUUUAAGAACUGGCGGGGAGUUGGAAAGGCGAGAGACAUUUGUGUCAGAAGAAGCCCAUAUUUUCCUGUAGUAUCUUAGCACUGAUACAUCCUGACAAAGUACAACUUAUGAGUGGCUUGCUAAUGUACUUUUCUGGACCUUCUAAACUGUCUAGAAUAUACCCAUAACUGUUCCAAAUGGUUGCAUAAUCAGGCCUAGGUCGUAUGCGGUUAUUUCGGCUAAAACAAAACAGGACAUUUGAGCCGUUAUUAAAAUUUGAUCUAUAGACCUUAGUAGUUUACUCACUUGAUAACAAUAAUACAUUCCUCAUUUCUUUGUGUUGUAGCAUAAGUAGGAUCGUUAGGGGAGCUUUAAGCAACGAGGCAAGCAAUGACAUGCUGUAAAAGAUAUGCAGGCUAAACGGUGUUUGCUGUUGAAUUGGUACAUUUUUAAAUACACGUUUUUAUAUUUUUCAAUGUAUGUACAAUGAAGUAUUAUUUGCGGUUGUCACUAUGACAAUAAACACUCAAAGCACUCAAUUGUCUUUUGACCUUAUUAAUAUUUCUACAGCGUGCAGUAGAAUGUGUUGAUCAGACGAUUGACAGGUGUGCUGUAGAACGAUAAACAAUUAACCUUUCCUCUAGUGUGGAUGCUAGCUAACAUGAGAUUGAGUCCGGACUCGCGAUACAUCUUGAAAAUAACAACAUUGCCGCAAUGCUGCCAUCUGUAGGAUGAUAACGAGAGACUUUGUUAAGGACGCUGUUAUGGAAAAGUAUUCGUUCACGUCCAUCUAGGUCAACAUUUGCAAUUGGCUGAUGCAGAACUUGUUCCAGGAAUGAAUCACUGUCGUCUGGUGUACCAGGUUAUCUGAUGCGACCAGCUACAAUGUAAUGUUCUGUCGUCUACGAUUUUAAUUGGCUGAUGUACAUUUUGAUACGGAGAAUCUGUUUCUAAUGUUCGUAAGUAUAGCCCCAGUGUGUCUGUCUGACUUUUCACACACUCGUUUAAAAAUAGUUGUUUCUUUGUCAUUUGGGUGGAUAUAGUGGGAGACGAAACAUGGCCAGAGAAUUAGGACUCGAUUUCAAUCCAUAUCGCAGAAGAUCUGCAGUGUAACGCAAUUUAAAUUUAAAGGUCAUUUCUGAUUAUGCCAAAAUAUUCAGCAUUUACCGUGAAUGCAGUCUCUGCGAACGCAGGAAAAAACAUUGCCUUUAAAUUGCGCUAUACCGCAGAUCUUCCGUGAUAUGGAUUGAAUCGAGCUCUUAAUGUUACUACGUGGUGAAUAAGUUUGUGAAGAUUUGCUGUUUUUAGAUUUUAACGAACAAAUAAAAGUCCCUCACGACCUGGUUUUA